CGACGCCGGAAGCGGGAGGAGUAGAGGCGGCGGCCGCCGGCGGGCAGAGCGGCCCUGGGCGGAUCACGGCGUCAUGCCGCGCGCGGGACGCCUCCGGUGGAACGAGCCCCCCCCAUCGGAAGGCGCCCCCCGACGCUCCCUCGAGGUCAUCGGCAACGAGAGCCCAGAAGCCCGGACCCCCCCCGCCGCCACCCCCCCAAGCCUGACGUGAGCCCCCUCCCCCCCGCCUUCUCCCCCAACCCCCCCCCCUUUUCAGGGGGGAGGGGACCCCCCAAACGCCCCCCCCAAAAUGGCCGACCCCAUCAUGGACCUCUUUGAUGACCCCAAUCUCUUCGGCCUUGACCCCCUGACAGACGAGACCUUCGCCCCCCCCUCCCACGACCCCAUCGAAGAAGCUUUGGGUUUAUCAGGGGCUUUAGACCCCCCCCAACCCCCCCCAGCCCCCCCAGAACCCUCCAUCCCCCCCCCAGAAGACCCUUUGCCCCCCCAAAACCCCCCCGAUCCCCCCCAAACCCAACUCCCCCCCGACCAAGAGGUUCUCAGUCAAGGCAACCCCUUUAUGGGGGUGUCCGCCGCCUUGCCCCCCGCCCCAUCCUCCUCCUCAUCGGCUGGGCUCCCCCAGCCCCCCAAAAUCGUCAUCCUCAAAGCCCCCCCGGGAGGGGCGACAUCGGGGGGACCCCCCCAAUCGCCCGCCGUCCCCACGGCGGGAGGGAUGACGACCCCCAACGGAGGCAAGGUGACGUUCGCCAAGGUUUUAACUGGGACCCCCCAACUUCGUCCCGGGGGCGUUUCCAUCGUUACCGGUAACGCCGCCACCGUUUUAACUGGGAAAGUGACCCCCGCCGGAACUGGGGGGGCUACCGGGACCCCUCCCCCGACCACGGCCACCGUUCACCGAUUGGUUCAACCAGGAAGACCCGUCAAACAAUUGGUUUUACAACCGGUCAAGGCCGGGGGGGCCGGGACCCCCCUAAAACCCGCCGUCACCCUCACGUCGGCGCCGGCGCAGGGCGAGUCGAAACGCAUCACGCUGGUACUCCAACAGCCGCCGGGGGGCGGCGCUCCCGCCGGCCAACGCCACGUGGUACUGGGUAGUUUGCCGGGCAAGAUCGUCCUACAAGGCAACCAAUUGGCCGCCCUCGGUCAAGCCAAAGGGACGCCCGGCCAACCGGCGAAGGUGGUCACCAUCCAGCUCCAGGUUCAACAACCCCCCGCCGGCCAAUCAGGAGCCCCGCAGAAGAUCCAGCUCCUCCAACAACCAACCGGGGCGGGCGGGCAGGCGGCGCCCGUCGCCGUCUCCUCGGUGCCGCAGGUGGUGGGAGGCGCCGGGCAGAGGUUGACGGUGCCUUUGAAGGUGGUUCUUCAACCCCAGGCCGGCUCGUCUCAGGGUGGUUCCCCCGGCCUAUCGGUGGUGAAGGUGCUGAGCAGCAGCGAGGUGGCCGCCCUGGCCAGCCCCGGUUCGCGAGGCGCCUCGGAAGAGAGCCGUAAACUGGAACACCAGAAAAAACAAGAGAAAGCCAAUCGUAUCGUCGCCGAGGCCAUCGCCCGCGCCCGCGCCCGGGGCGAGCAGAACAUCCCCCGCGUCCUCAACGAAGACGAGCUGCCCAGCGUCCGGCCCGAGGAGGAAGGCGAGCGCAAACGGCGGCGGAAAGGGGCCGGCGAGCGCGGGGGGCCCAAGGAGGAGAGACCCCGCAAGGGCAAGGGGCAGGGGGGCUCCGGCAAGAGCAAGGGGCGGAGCAAACCCAGCACCAUCACGCCGGUGGUUGGGAAGAAGCGGAAGCGCAACGCUUCCUCCGACAACUCCGACGCCGAGGUGAUGCCGGCGCCGUCACCGCGGGAGGAAGAAGAAACCAGCGUGCAGAAACGACGCUCGAAUCGCCAAGUCAAACGGAAGAAAUACACGGAAGAUUUGGAUAUCAAGAUCACCGACGAUGAGGAAGAUGAAGAGUUGGACGUCACGGGGCCCGUUCGACCCGAGCAGCUCCCGGUCCCGCAGCCCCCCGCGCCGGAACCGGAACCGGAAGGCGAAACGUUGCCGUCCAUGCAGUUUUUUGUGGAGAACCCCAGCGAGGAGGACGCGGCCAUCGUUGACAAGGUUCUUUCCAUGAGGGUGGUGAAAAAAGAGCUGCCGUCGGGGCAAUUGACGGAAUCGGAAGAGUUUUUCGUCAAAUACAAGAAUUACUCCUACCUCCACUGCGAGUGGGCCACCAUCGACCAACUGGAGAAGGACAAGAGGAUCCACCAGAAACUGAAGCGUUUUAAGACGAAAAUGACCCAAAUGCGGCAUUUUUUCCACGAGGACGAAGAACCCUUCAACCCCGACUACGUAGAGGUCGAUCGCAUCUUGGAUGAGUCCCACAGCGUCGACAAGGACAACGGGGAGCCGGUGGUUUAUUACCUGGUGAAGUGGUGCUCCCUCCCCUACGAGGACAGCACUUGGGAGCUCAAAGAAGACGUAGACGAAGGGAAAAUCGGCGAAUUUAAGCGUAUCCAAGCGCGGCACCCGGAGCUCAAGCGUUUGCCCCGUCCUCAAGCCGGGUCUUGGAAGAAGCUGGAGCUGUCGCACGAGUACAAGAACCACAACCGCCUUCGCGAGUAUCAACUGGAAGGGGUCAACUGGUUGCUCUUCAACUGGUACAACAGGCGAAACUGCAUCUUGGCCGACGAGAUGGGUUUGGGGAAGACCAUCCAAUCCAUCGCCUUCCUUCAAGAGGUCUACAACGUCGGGAUCCGCGGCCCUUUUCUGGUCAUCGCCCCCCUCUCCACCAUCACCAACUGGGAGCGGGAGUUCAACACGUGGACGGAGAUGAACAGCAUCGUCUACCACGGCAGCUUGGCCUCGCGGCAGAUGAUCCAACAGUACGAGAUGUACUGCAAGGACUCGCGGGGUCGUCUCAUCCCCGGAGCUUAUAAAUUCGACGCUCUCAUCACCACCUUCGAGAUGAUCCUCUCCGACUGCCCCGAGUUGCGGGAGAUCGAGUGGCGUUGCGUCAUCAUCGACGAGGCCCAUCGCCUCAAGAACCGCAACUGCAAGUUGCUCGACAGCCUCAAACACAUGGACCUGGAACACAAAGUCCUGCUGACGGGCACGCCGCUCCAGAACACGGUGGAAGAGCUCUUCAGCCUCCUGCACUUUCUGGAACCCUCUCAGUUCCCUUCUGAGGCAGAAUUCCUCAAGGACUUUGGAGAUCUCAAGACGGAGGAGCAGGUGCAGAAGCUCCAGGCCAUCCUCAAGCCCAUGAUGCUCCGUCGGUUGAAGGAGGACGUGGAGAAGAACCUGGCGCCCAAACAAGAGACCAUCAUCGAGGUGGAGUUGACCAAUAUUCAGAAGAAAUACUACCGGGCCAUCUUGGAGAAGAACUUCUCCUUCCUCUCCAAAGGCGCCGGUCACACCAACAUGCCCAACCUGCUCAACACCAUGAUGGAGCUGCGCAAGUGCUGCAACCAUCCCUACCUCAUCAACGGUGCGGAGGAGAAGAUCUUGGCCGAAUUCCGCGAGUCUUGUCACCACCACGUCCCCCACGACUUCCACCUCCAAGCCAUGGUCCGCUCGGCCGGCAAGCUGGUCCUCAUCGACAAGCUGCUGCCCAAGCUCAAAGCCGGCGGCCACAAGGUGCUCAUCUUCUCCCAGAUGGUGCGAUGUCUCGACAUCUUGGAGGACUACCUCAUCCAAAAGAGGUACCUCUACGAGCGGAUCGAUGGACGGGUCCGGGGCAACCUCCGACAAGCCGCCAUCGAUCGCUUCAGCAAACCGGACUCAGAUCGCUUCGUCUUCCUCCUCUGCACGCGGGCGGGCGGCUUGGGCAUCAACCUCACCGCCGCCGACACCUGCAUCAUCUUCGAUUCCGAUUGGAACCCCCAAAACGACCUCCAGGCGCAAGCGCGGUGCCACCGGAUCGGGCAGAGCAAGGCGGUGAAGGUCUAUCGCCUCAUCACGCGGAACUCCUACGAGCGGGAGAUGUUCGAUAAGGCCAGCCUCAAGCUGGGGCUCGACAAGGCCGUGCUGCAGUCCAUGAGCGGUCGGGAGGGCAACAUCGCGGGGAUCCAGCAGUUCUCCAAGAAGGAGAUCGAGGACCUCCUGCGCAAAGGGGCCUAUGCGGCCAUCAUGGAAGAGGACGACGAAGGCUCCAAGUUCUGCGAGGAAGACAUAGACCAGAUCCUGCUGCGCCGCACCACCACCAUCACCAUCGAGAGCGAGGGCAAGGGGUCCACCUUCGCCAAGGCGAGCUUCGUGGCCUCCGAAAACCGCACUGAUAUCGCUUUGGAUGACCCCAAUUUCUGGCAGAAGUGGGCCAAAAAAGCCGACUUGGACUUGGACCUGUUGAACAGCAAGAACAACCUGGUGAUCGACACGCCACGGGUGCGGAAGCAGACGCGACACUUCAGCACCCUUCGGGACGACGACCUGGUGGAGUUCUCGGACCUGGAGAGCGAAGACGAGGAGAAACCUCGGUCCCGUCGUCACGACCGGCACCACCACGCGCUGCCCCACACCUACGGCCGCACCGACUGCUUCCGCGUGGAGAAGCACCUCCUGGUCUACGGCUGGGGCCGAUGGCGGGAGAUCCUGUCCCACGGGCGGUUCAAACGACGCCUCUCGGAACGAGACGUGGAGACCAUCUGCAGGGCCAUCUUGGUCUACUGCCUCCUGCACUACCGAGGAGACGAGAACAUCAAAGGCUUCAUCUGGGACCUCAUCAGCCCCACGGAGAACGGCAAGGCCAAGGAGCUCCAAAACCACUCGGGUCUUUCCAUCCCGGUUCCUCGAGGGCGCAAAGGGAAGAAGGUCAAGUCCCAAAGCACCUUUGAUGUCCACAAGGCCGAGUGGAUCCGCAAGUACAACCCCGACACCCUCUUCCAAGACGAGAGCUACAAGAAGCACCUCAAGCACCAAUGCAACAAGGUCCUGCUGAGGGUGCGGAUGCUCUACUACCUGCGGCAGGAGGUCAUCGGGGACCAGGCGGAGAAGGUCCUGGCGGGGGCGUUGGCCAGCGAGAUCGACAUCUGGUUCCCGCUGGUGGAGCAGCUGGAGGUACCGACCUCCUGGUGGGACGCCGAAGCCGACAAAUCCCUCCUCAUCGGCGUCUUCAAACACGGCUACGAGAAGUACAACACCAUGCGCGCCGACCCCGCGCUCUGCUUCCUGGAGAAGGCCGGCCGCCCCGACGAGAAGGCCAUCGCUGCCGAGCAGCGCCUGGACGUGGGCGAAGGCGUGGAUUUCGACAAGGACUGUGAGGACCCCGAAUACAAACCCCUCCCGGGGGCGGCCAAGGAGGUGGACGACGAGACCGACCCCCUGAUGCUGCUGGACGAGGAGAUCUCGGUGGUGGACGGGGACGAAGGCCAGCCCCCCCAGCCGGGCCAGCCCUCGUGGCCGCCGGGCUCGGUGCUGACGGCGCGGCUGCGGCGCCUCAUCACGGCCUGCCAGCGCUCGUACCAGCGGCAGCAGCUGCGCGGGGAGGGGGCCGAGCGCGGGGACCACCGCCGCCGCCGCCGCUGCGAAGCCGCCUGCAAGCUCAAGGAGAUGGCCCGCAGGGAGAAACAGCAGAGGUGGACGCGCCGGGAACAGGCCGAUUUCUACCGGGUGGCCUCGACCUUCGGCGUCGAGGUGGAGCCCGAGGGCGGGGGGUUCCGCUGGGGCCGCUUCCGCGCCCUCGCCCGCCUCCCCGCCCGCACCGACGAGAGCCUCACCCGCUUCUUCCACGCCUUCGUCGCCAUGUGCCGGCAGGUCUGCCGCCUGCCGCCGGCCCCCGGCGACGAACCUCCCGACCCCUCCAUCCCCGUCUCGCCCGUCUCGGCCGUUCGAGCAUCGCGAGGGUUGCGCCGUCUGUCCCUCCUCCGCCUGGUCCGCGAGCAGGUCCUGCGGCACCCCCUCCUCCCCGCCCGCCUCGCCCUCUGCCCCGCCCCCGGCCCCGACCUCCCCCCGUGGUGGGAACGGGGCCGCCACGACGGGGAGCUGCUCCGCGGCGCCGCCCGCCACGGCCUGGCUCAUCCCGAAAGCGCCAUUUUGGGGGACCCCGAGUUCUCCUUCGCCGCGGCGAGGUGGCGCUACCUGCGGGCGCGGGCCGAGAGCGGGGGAGGGGCGGCGGCGGCCCCGCCCCCGCAGCCCCCUCCCCAACCCGGGGGCGGGCUUGGGCCGCCCCCGCCGCCCGCCGAGGACGACGACUCGGAGUUGGAGAAGUUGUCGGCGUCGGCCUCCGAGUCGUCGUCGUGCGAGGACGAGAGCGACGAGGACAGGGGUGCGGAGCCCUCCUGCGGGGCGGAGGAGGAGGAAGAAGAGGAGGAAGAGGAUGACGAGGAGGAGGAGGAGGAGGAAGAGGAGGAGGAAGAAGAGUCGCCCCCUCCUUCUGGUGCGGGGGGGUCCCCAGGACCCCCCCCGGGGCCCCCCCCGGGGCCCCCCCCGGCCCCCCGCCACCUCCACGAGUGGCCCAAGGACCGAGCCCUGAUCCGCCGGCUGGACCUCGUGUGCCAAGCGGUGCUGUCGGGCAAGUGGCCGUCGGAGGAUUUUGGGGGGGCCCCGGGGGGGUACCCCGAAACCUCCCCCGCCCCCCCCGCCGCCCCCCCCCCCCGCCACCGCCCCCUCCCGCCGCCGCCGACCCCCCCCCUUACGCCCGCCUGCGCCACGAGGAGAAGGAGUUCACGGUCCAGAUUAAGGACGAGGAGGGGCUUAAAUUGACCUUCCAGAAGCAUCGGCUGGUCCCCAACGGGGCCGUUCGGGAGCCCCCCCACCCCCCCGCCCAUAAGAAGAACAGUAAGAAACUGGUGGAGCUGGAGCUGCGCUGCCUGGAGGGGCUGCGGGACCCGGGGGGGGACCCCGAAAGCCGCCUCCCCCCCCCCCCCCACCCGCCCGAGCGGGGAGACCCAGCUGCGCCCCGACUUCGCCGCUGACCCCCGGUUCCUGCCG